AGUUCAAUUAAACAUACUUUUUAGAAUAUGUGUAUUAUCAUAAAUAUUAUUCAUAAAUAUUUCUGACACUGACUUAAUGAUUAUGUCUUUUCAGGUGACUGCUAUGCAUUUUAACUGCAUCGGACCAUGGAAAAGAGGAAUAACGUCACUAUGUUUAUUCUCUUGGGCCUUUCCCAAAACAAGAGCAUUGAAAUUUUCUGCUUUGUAUUAUUCCUAUUUUGUUACAUUGCUAUUUGGAUAGGAAACUUACUCAUAAUGAUUUCUGUCACAUGCAGUCAGCUACUUGACCAACCUAUGUAUUUCUUCCUUAAUUUCCUUUCUCUCUCCGACCUUUGCUACACAUCUACAGUGACACCCAAACUAAUGACUGACUUGCUGGCAGAAAGGAAGAACAUUUCUUAUAGUAGCUGCAUGACACAGCUCUUUACCACACAUUUCUUUGGAGGUGUUGAGACCUUCAUCCUUCCAGCGAUGGCCUAUGACCGCUACGUGGCCAUCUGUAAGCCCCUACACUACACUAUCAUCAUGAGCAGGCAGAGGUGUCACACAAUCGCCAUAACCUGUUUUACUGGGGGAUUUAUACACUCUGCCGGUCAGUUUCUUCUCACUGUCUACUUACCCUUUUGUGGCCCCAAUGAGAUAGAUCACUAUUUCUGUGAUGCGUAUCCUUUGCAGAAACUGGCUUGCACCAAUACACAUGAAAUCAGGCUACUGCUAAUUGUCAAUUCAGGUCUGAUUGCUUUGGUGACCUUCACGAUUUUGAUGGUGUCUUAUGUUCGGAUAUUAUACACCAUCAGGGCUUACCCUGCUGAAAGCAGUACCAAAGCUCUUUCAACUUGCAGUUCUCACAGAACAGUUGUAGUCCUGUUCUUUGUUCCUGUCCUCUUCGUUUACAUUAGACCGACUGUAACUUUUCCAGAAGAUAAAGUGCUUGCCCUUUUCUACACCAUCAUUGCUCCCAUGUUCAACCCUCUGACCUACAUGCUGAGAAAUACGGAGAUGAAGAAUGUCACGAAGAAGAUGUGGUGCUAUCAAUAGUUUUUGGAACGAAAGUAGUUUAUGUGAAAAGCAUUUUGAAUUUCACUUUAAAGGGCAAUAAUGACUCUUAAAACUGAUGUAGAAUGAUAUACAGAAUGUACACAAGAGCAUGCAAAAGACAACCAUAGGUCAGAGCUCAAUAUCUUUAGCAUUUUGCCAGACUUCUUCCUGUUUGGAAAAUUUUGAUAUAUUUUUUGCACUCAUUUUUACUCUAUUCUGCUCAUAUGCCUGCCUCAGGUUCUCCAUCUUGGACAUUUUAUUUUGUGUUAUAACGAAGCCCCUUCACCCUUUUUCUUGAUUUUUCAUCUCACUUUACUGUACUGUACCUGUUGCAGUGACUUUAAAAGAUAUUGUAGAAGUACCACAUA